AUGAUCUCGGCUAUAAAGAGGGGUAAAGGUCUCAUCCAUGUUUACCUUGCUCUGGAAAUAAAACGGAAAAGAAGGUGGUUCGACUUUGGUCUCGAUUUCUUGGUUGAGCUUGGCUGGGGACUUUUUGGUGCGGGUUUUUCAAAUUUUGGAGAGCUUUAUGUGAACUUAUGCAAGUGCGGGAGUUGGUCUCUAAAUAUAACUUUUUACAUAGCGAGUAGCUUGAAAACUGGUUUUGUUGGUGAGACUCGCUGGGAACAUAAACAGGAAGCUGACCUCCACGCUGCGAUCUCCCCUGCUGAUAAUAACUCGACGAGGCCCCCCUCUGCUCCCCCCUCACAAGCGGGCCCCCAAAGAAAAUCGACUGCCCCCUCCGUCCCCAAAGACGACGACGAGCCCACGCUCCUCGCGGCCGCCGACACAAACCUCCCGGCCUCCGCAUCCCAAUACACCGACGAUUUCCCAUUCUCCCCCGGGCCCGUAUUACUCUUAUUCGGGCCGCUUUCCAGGCCCGGCACCUCCUUUGGGCCGCUGGUCCCGGGCGAAUUCAUGGUCGGCGACACGUACAUCGAGUCCGCAUUAGACGGGCUGAGAUUCACCGCGAGCGGGCUGCUCAGGUUGCUGAGGCUGCGGGCCCACAUGUCGGCGCUGGCCCGGCUCGGCGGAUACGAGCUCUUUCCCGUGCCGGCCUUCGGGUCCGGGUCGUGGGGGUUGUUGGGCCUGGAGCCCACGGGCCGGAGGAUGGAGGACGAGGCCCGGGCCUUGGCGCCGGCCUUGUGGGCCUCGGUGGAGUCCAGCUUGGCAAGCUUCCAUGCGCUGAUUCGGAUCGGGCGUUGGGCUGCUCGUUUGCCCUUGUCGGGCUGUGGGGCGUCUGGGUCGACUGUGGAUGGGGCCCGUCCGGGCUCUAGAGAGCUUCUCCCACUAAUGGCAGUGACAGCCGAACUUGUGGGUGAAGAGGGCAAACUUUGUUGGUCUCCAGCGUCUACCGAAGGUCCAGGCGCCUCACUUUGUGUUCUCAUAGCAACAACAUAUUCGUAUGUUGUUAUACCCUAUACAUAA